CAUUAUCAGAUCCGAGCAUGACUGAUUAAAAAAUUCGAUCUUUGGAGAUGAUAUCUGGGAUUUGGGGGCUCAUAGAUUUGGGACGAGUAAAAGUAUUUUCAAGUGGAGGAAUUGGAGGUACCGAUGGCAACCACGGCUUGUUUUAUCAUUGUGAGCAGAAAUGACAUCCCUAUAUAUGAAACUGAACUCGGAUCAGCUGCUAAAAGAGAAGAUGCUGCUCAGCUGCAUCAGUUCAUAUUACAUGCAGCUUUGGAUGUUGUUCAGGACCUUGCAUGGACUACAAGUGCCAUGUUCUUAAAAGCAAUCGACAGAUUUAAUGAUUUGGUGGUUUCGGUAUAUGUUACAGCUGGUCAUACGCGAUUUAUGCUGCUUCACGACUCUCGUAGCGAUGAUGGAAUUAAGAGCUUUUUCCAAGAGGUUCAUGAGCUUUAUAUUAAGACUCUUCUUAAUCCCCUAUACUUGCCUGGUUCUCGCAUUACAUCGUCGCACUUUGAUACAAAAGUUCGUGGCCUUGGACGAAAAUAUCUGUAGAGGUCCUUGUUCUGUUAGACUCAAGCUCAUGCGAUUAUGGAGAGUUGCAAGUUUCAAUGGCUUGAGUUGGAUCUCCCCUAUUUUCUGAUCCUGGAUAAUCUCAAAGUCUAUGGUUUGGUGGUUGUAAGAAUUUGUCGCAUGGUUACAUCAGAUCUUUCUAUAUAUGCAUUCAUCCCGAGUAAUGAUCUAUAACUUCCAUGCGAAAUUUUCACAGUUUAGACACAUAUCUGUUGUAUCUAAUGAUUGAUUUCAUGGUUAUUUCUAUUGAUUUUGC